ACAUGACGAAACCUAUAUUCUUGUGUAAGUGAGAAAGAAUCAGCGAGGAUAUAUCUCUUAUUAAGAGAGAGAAAGCUAAGCACAAGAAGAAAAUCAGAAGAAGAUUAAGAUGGAAUGGAAGAAAUAUUACUUGGAUGUGAUAUUGGUGCCAUUAGGAUUUAUGAUAACAAUUGGUUAUCAUGUAUGGUUAUGGCAUAAGGUUCGGACACAGCCUUCUUCCACCAUUAUUGGAAUCAAUACUCAUGCUAGACGCUUUUGGGUCCCUGCCAUGAUCAAGGACAUUGAAAAGAAGAACAUCUUAGCAGUCCAAACUCUUCGGAAUCUAAUAAUGGGGUCAACUCUUAUGGCCACAACAUCCAUUCUCCUCUCAGCAGGCUUGGCCGCAGUCAUAAGCAGUACAUACAGCAUAAAGAAGCCUCUAAACGACGCCGUUUAUGGAGCUCACAGCGAGUUCAUGGUAGCACUCAAAUACGUCACACUCCUUACACUAUUCUUGUUCUCAUUUGUCUGCCACACUCUCUCAAUUAGAUUCCUCAACCAGGUUAGCAUGCUCAUAUGUACACCUCAAGAUGUGGUGUCAAUGGUGACACCGGAAUAUUUAAGCGAUCUGUUGGAGAAGGGGACAAUCUUGAACACCGUCGGCAACAGGCUGUUCUACUCGGCGGUGCCGCUGGUACUUUGGAUUUUUGGCCCUGUUCUUGUUUUCUUGAGCUCUGUUGCUAUGUUGCCUGUGCUAUACAAUCUUGAUUUUGUGUGUGGUGAUGCCAAGGGUAAUAAGGCAGUGGUGAGGAGUACUUGUGACAAAGGAGAUGGCUAUGUUUAAUUUGAUGAAUCUAUCUGUCAAUCGUGGUAAUUAUUAGAUUAACAAAAAAAUAUCGUUCCAUAAUUCGAUAGUAAGACAAAAGUUUUGUUCAUUCAAGAUGAACGGAAUUUGUCAUAUUCACAUGAUAAAAAUGUGAACAUAACAAUAUCAUAUUUAUUUUGAAAAAAGAAAAAAAAAUCUCACGUAAUAUAUAUCAGUUAAGGAAUGCAUGGUUGUGUAGUGAAUGGUAUAUAUUCUCGGGUUAUGUAAGAAUUUAGUUAUUCUUAGGUUAAGAAUAUGACAUAGAUGGGAAAUAUAUAUAUAAAAAUGUGUAUGCACGUUAUUAGGUCCAUCAUCCACAACUUUGUGUUGUAAAGUAGUUUGUAAUUCACAUUUUGAAGUGCUUUACUCAAAAAUAAUUCAGACGGAUUUUUUCCUAGUCUUUGAUUAUGAUUACUAUUACUAAUCUUUUGAGUCA